UCUUGAGUUCACAUUGAUUCGUCAGUUUUGCGAUCAUUCAGCGUCAUGCCUGAACCAGCCAAGUCCGCGCCUAAGAAGGGCUCCAAGAAGGCCGUCACGAAGACCGCCGGUAAGGGAGGAAAGAAGCGCAGAAAGUCCAGGAAGGAGAGCUACGCCAUCUACGUGUACAAAGUGCUGAAGCAGGUUCAUCCUGACACCGGCAUCUCCUCCAAGGCGAUGGGCAUCAUGAACUCUUUCGUCAACGACAUCUUCGAGCGCAUCGCCGGUGAGGCGUCUCGUCUCGCUCACUACAACAAGCGCUCCACCAUCACGUCGAGAGAGAUCCAGACCGCCGUGCGUCUGCUGCUGCCCGGUGAGCUGGCCAAACACGCCGUGUCUGAGGGCACCAAGGCCGUCACCAAGUACACCAGCUCCAAGUAGAGUCCCCGAGACUCUCACAGACCCAAAGGCUCUUUUAAGAGCCACCCAUCUACUCCGAUAAAAGAGAUUCUGAUGAUUAUA